AUGGCUAUAUCGUGGGCAUCGCGGGCAUCGCUGGCACCGUGGCAUUGUGGCUGUAUCGCUGGCAUCGCAGGCAUCGCUGGCACCGCGGCAUCAUGGCUGUAUCGCGGGUAUCGCGGGCAUCGCUGGCACCGCGGCAUCAUGGCUGUAUCGUGGGCAUCGCUGGCACUGCGGUAUUAUGGCUGUAUCGCGGGUAUCGCGGGUAUCGCGGGCAUCGUGGGCAUUGCGGGCAUCGUGGGUAUCGCUGGCAUCGUGGGCAUCGUGGGUAUCGUGGGUAUCGCGGGCAUCGCGGGCAUCGCGGGCACUGCAAUAGCGGUUGAUAUCGUAGUUAUCCUGGCCAUCGCAAGCAUAUCGCAGAUAUCGCAGGCAUUGCAGUAUGCAGGCGUUGCUCGCCUGCGUAAGGUGUUUUAG